GGGGUAGGGGGAGACGCGAGGGGGCCGGGAAAGACUGCUUCAGACCGGGGCCAGCGAGCAGAAAGAGGGCGCAGGGCGGACCACGUCUCGGCUCGUCCACGGGGAGCUCCGCGAGUCGCGGGAUUAUCUUGGGGAGCCUUUGCAACGGUCCAUUUUGGAUCUUCUUUCACAAUCGUGACUCAGUGAUUGCCGCCUUUGUGGAGCGGCAGGCAGCCUCCGUUCGAAAGGAUUAUAGUGAUCACAGGGGUGUCAGCACUGCACCACGAGGUCAAGAAGAACUCCAGCGGAUGACGAGGAACAGGAAUCGGUUUGUUCUGUUUCUCGCUUUUUGAGGACGUUGCAAGCAUCCCUGUGACUCAUGUUUUCAUCGGGACACGAGUUGUCUCCUUGGAUUGUUACGUCCUUCCUCUCUGGUGCUCUCACUUAGUCUUUUAUUUUGGACACCAAAACCCCAAGAAUCCGUCAUCAUGUAUGGAAGUUCUCGUUCCGUGUCCAAGCUGGAUGUCGUGGGAUCCAACGGUAACGGGUCAGCGUCAGGCAGCCCCGGACGCUCCCCCCGACUUCCCCGCUCCCCACGCUUGGCGCACCGCCGAAACGGCAGCAACAGCAGCGCCGGCUCUACCGGCGGCCUCACCGGUUCUGGGAAAACCCUAUCCAUGGAGAAUAUCCAGUCACUCAACGCUGCGUAUGCCACAGGGGGUCCGGUGUAUUUCGCCGAAGGGACCGAAGACCCGGUGGGACUCGGGAGCCUGGGCAGCGGGCUGAACCCUUCUCUGCCCAAAAGCACAAUGACGCUGGGCAGGGCCGGAGUGAGGGUGGCCUACGGGGUGCGGACCCCUUUUGUGGGGAGCAGCCCAAAUGUCAACUCUGGAGGAGGGGGCGCCGGUGGGGUCAUAUCCAGUGAUGCCAUCGCGUUUGGCGGGGAGGGGCAAAGUCAGCCCACGCAGGCUUCCACUGUGCCUCACUCCAUGAGACAGGUGCGCGAGGGUGCCAUGACAGACCUGCAGAGCCAACUGAGGGAAGUGCUGAGAGAAAACGAGCUUCUGCGCAGAGAUUUGGAUGCGAAGGAGUCCAAAUUGAGCUCGUCCAUGAACUCCAUCAAGACAUUCUGGAGUCCGGAGCUGAAGAAGGAGCGCGCUCUGAGGAAGGACGAAGCGACAAAGAUGACCGUGUGGAAGGAGCAGUACAGGGUGGUGCAGGAGGAAACGCAGCAUCUCCAGUGCACCAUCCAAGCUUUGCAAGACGAGCUCCGAAUCCAGCGGGAUCUCAACCAGCUCUUCCAGUCCGACUACUCGGAGAGCGGCCGCCUCGGGUCCCAGGCCGUCUCCCCGCAGGAAAUGACCGAGGAGAACUUCCUGCGUCUCCACGGCGAAUACGAGCGGCAGGUUAAGGAGCUCUACCUCCUGAGGAAGACGGUGGAAGAGAUGGAACUGAGGAUCGACACCCAGAAGCACACUUUAAACGCAAGGGACGAAUCCAUCAAGAAGCUUCUGGAAAUGUUGCAGAGCAAAGGCCUGUCGUCUCGCGCCACCGAGGAGGACCACGAGCGGACGAGGCGACUGGCCGACGCGGAGAUGACCAUUCACCAGCUGGAGGGCCUGCUGGAGCAGAAGGACAAAGAGAUGCUGCUCCUCAGAGAGGAGCUGCACAGGAGGUACGAAGCAGCUCCCGAGUCCACCAAGACCAAGGCCCUGCAGACGGUGAUCGAAAUGAAGGAUGCCAAGAUCAGCUCGCUGGAGCGCGGCAUGAGGGAGCUGGAGGAGGAGGUGAACAUGCUCAAGUCCAACGGAGCACUGAGCAGUGAGGAGCGAGAGGAGGAGAUCAAGCAGAUGGAGGUGUACCGAUCCCACUCCAAGUUUAUGAAGAAUAAGGUCGAUCAGCUGAAGGAAGAGUUAGGUCACAGCCAAUCAGAGAAGGAGGAGCUAAGGGAACUGGCCAAUGAGCUGCAACGCGAGGCGUCCGCAAUAGAUCAGGUCAAGCAGGAGCUGAAUCGUAAGGACAGCGAGCUGCUGGCUCUCCGGACCAAACUGGACACUUUGAAUAACCAGUUUUCUGACAGCAAGCAGCACGUGGACGUCCUCAAGGAGUCGCUCACCGCCAAAGAGCAAAGGGCCGCCAUAUUACAGACUGAGGUGGAUGCCCUGCGCAUUCGCCUGGAGGAGAAAGAGUCCCUCCUGUCCAAAAAGAGCCAGCAGAUAUCGGAGAUCUCGGACGAGAAGAGCACACAGCACGGAGAAAUUAGCGACCUCAAGGACAUGCUGGACGUCAAGGAGCGCAAGGUCGUCGUGCUUCAGAAGAAGAUCGAGAACCUCCAGGAUCAGCUGAAGGACAAAGACAAGCAGCUGAGCGGCCUCAAAGGCAGAGUCAAGUCCCUGCAGACCGACACGUCCAACACCGACACUGCUCUGGGAACGCUGGAGGAGGCUUUGUCCGAGAAGGAACGCAUCAUUGAGCGAUUGAAAGAACAGCGGGAGAAAGAGGAAAGGGAAAAGGGAGACGAGGUGGAGUCCACCAAGAAGGAGCUGAAGGAGCUGCGGGAGAAAGUUUCCCAGAUGCAGGCUGACCUUGCGGACCGUGAGGCGUCGGUUUUGGACCUGAAGGAGAAGGCGUCCUCUCUGGCCUCCUCGGCUCUGAAGAAAGACAACCGGCUAAAGAGCCUGGAGAUCGGUCUGGAGCAGAAGAAGGAGGAGUGCCUCAAACUGGAGAACCAGCUGAAGAAGGCCCAGAGCGCGGCGGCGGAGUCCGCGGCCAGCGCCAAACUCUCGGAGCGCAUCGCCGGCCUGGAGCAGGAAGUGAGCCGUCACAAGGAAGACGCUGGCAAGGCUCAGGCCGAGGUGGAGCGGCUCCUCGAGAUCCUCAGGGAGAUGGAGAACGAGAAGAACGACAAGGAGAAAAAGAUCCACGAGCUGGAGAGGCAGAUGAAGGAUCAAUCCAAGAAGGUGGCCAACCUGAAGCACAAGGAGCAAAUCGAGAAGAGCAAGAACGCCCAGCUGUUGGAGGAGGCCAAGAAAAGGGAGGACAAUAUGAACGAGAGCUCCCAACAGAUCAAGGACUCCAUGCGCUGUAAGGAGGAGCGCAUCGAGGAGCUGGAGGAAGCCCUGAGGGAAAGUGUUCAGAUCACAACGGAGAGGGAGCUGGUGCUGGCCCACGAGGAGCAGGCCCGCACACACGCUGAGAAACAGGUGGAGGACCUGCUGGUUGCCAUGGAAAAGGUGAAACAGGAGCUGGAGGUGAUGAAAGCCAAGCUGUCAUCCACUCAGCUGUCAUUGGCCGAGAAGGAAGGUCACCUGACUGCCCUGCGGGCCGAGCGGCGGAAGCACCUGGAGGAGGUCCUGGAGAUGAAACAAGAGGCGCUGCUGGCCGCCAUCAGCGAGAAGGACGCCAACAUCGCCCUGCUGGAGCUUUCCUCCUCCAAGAAGAAGAAAACCCAGGAAGAGGUGGCGGCCCUGAAGAGGGAGAAAGACGGCCUGGUUCACGAGCUCAAACAGCAGACUCAAAACAGGAUGAAGCUGAUGGCGGACAACUACGAAGACGAGCACCCCAAGGCGUCGUCUCCCAACUCCGAGCUGCCCAACAACCACAAGCCCUCCCCAGAUCAGAUUCUCUCUCCUCUCCUGGAUGUGGACCAGAACCGCAGCAAGCUGAAGCUGUACAUCGGUCACCUGACCUCGCUGUGCCAGGAGCGAGACCCGGUCAUCCUGCAGGAUUUUGCCCCGCCGCCCGCCUAUCACCGCGCCGACUCCGCCGCCUCCUGGCGCGCGCAACUGCACGGCAUGACGCAGGAGCAGCUGGAGGCGGAGUUGGCGCUGUGCGAGCGGGAGGCGGCCGAGCUCCAGGAGUACGCCAACCAGGUGCUGCAGCAGAUCGCCGACCGCUGCCCCGACAUUUUGGAGCAGGUCGUCAACGCCCUGGAGGACAGCAGCUGACGCGGUAGACGGAAACAUUCGGCGGCGUCCUCAGAACAGCAACAGGGACGCCGUCAUCAAAAGACGUUUUGAGGGACGCCAGCGCACACGGUUCUCCCCGUCCGCCAUUUUGUCUUGAAACUACACGCUGCUAUCUUCUCGUCGUCGUCUUCUUCUUCUUUCACGUCCUCUUCUUCAGUGGUUUUCAGUCAGCCUUCCGCGGUGCCGGGAAACAUUCGCAAUCAUCCCUUUACGGUGACUUUUCUGCGGACGACGACCCCGGGAGGAGGAGGAAUCUGCUUUGUUUUGUUUUUUUUGUUUGAGGGCAGGGGAGGGAGAGAAUAUAAAUAUGUUUGCUUUUGCUAAUAUAUACGUGUAAAUGACUAACGUUUUAAUUCCACUCGUGUGACCCCGUGCGUUGUUUGCAGGUCUGAUUGUUGUCGCUUCGGCGAGAGGAAAUGAAAUUGGAAUAAAAUGCGGCUCCAUCUCUGUUCCUGGCUGCUGGAGAGCAUUUUCUAACA